AAAUGUGCUGCCUGAUUUCAGCCACACUUGCUGCCUUUGUGGAUGGGGGGGCUUCAGCUGGGAAAAAGCAAAAGCAUUGGGCAAAGAGGUGCAUGGCAGAGCUGAGGCUGUUCUGGGUUACGCUGGGAUGCACAUGGAGCCCUCCUGGCAGGAAGAAGAGACGAAGCGGCUGCUGGAGCCAGCAGCCAGCCCACCCAACAAGGUGCUGAACGGAGCGGAGCAGAGCUAUCACAGCCUCCCGUCGGCACGGACCGAUGAGCAGGCCAUGCUGUCCUCCAUCCUCGCCAAAACGGCCAUCAACAUCAUCGACGUGUCAGCAGCGGAUUCCCAGGGCAUGGAGCAGCAUGAGUACAUGGACAGAGCCAGGCAGUACAGCACGCGCCUGGCCAUGCUCAGCAACAACCUGACGCACUGGAAGAAGCUCCCACUGCUGCCAUCUCUGACUAACCAACCACACCAAGUGCUCGCCAGUGACCCUGUCCCCUUCGCCGACCUGCAGCAGGUGUCCCGGAUAGCUGCCUAUGCCUUCAGUGCGCUCUCACAGAUCCGUGUCGACGCCAAAGAAGAACUGGUUGUACAGUUUGGCAUCCCCUGAAUCUGCCCCCACCACCGCUGUUUCACGGCUUUGGGUUGUUUUUGUUUUUUUUCCCCAUUUUUUUCCCUUUAUCCCUUCUCUCCCCGUGCUGCUGCCACAGAACUUGGACAGAUUGGACAGACCCUGUUUCCUACGAAAUGCCAAGGCGCCCAUCAUUGGCAUGUCGUGCCCACCUGCACUGCUUGAGGCUUUCUCCUCCUCGUGGGCGUGUGUGGGGAGGAGGCUGUGACAGCUGGACACUGCCUUGCACAGGGAUGAGCACAAAGGGAACAGCCGGUGCAAGGAGGCCCUGGUGUGGGUCAGCACCAUGUGCCAGGUCACCAGGACGGGUGGGCUGGAGCCAGGCAGAUGUGAUGCUCUGUGUGGGGCCUGGUGGCUCCAACACCAUCCCUUCUCCAUUUUACAUGUUUAGAUCUUUAAUUUGGUUGUUUAUUUGGUUUUGUUUGGUUUUUUUUUUUUUUUUUAAUAACUAUUAUUUUUUGCCACAGUAGAUAAAGCCACGUUUAUCCAGUGCCUGUCUCCACUGUUCUCUGUUGGACACAGCAUGGAUGUGAUGGGGGAGCCAUGCCCUGGUGGGGUUACACACAUCUGUCUGUCCCUUGUCACCUCUUUGAUCAUGUCCCACAGGGCCAAGAGGACAAGGGGACAGGGAAUGUAUGAUGACCCACCUUUAAGGGGAAGGAAGCACCUAAGAGUCAUGAAUGCUCAUGGUUGAAAGGAAUGUCAAAAGUCAGAAGGUUUACAAAUAAUCAGAAACUUUUAUUAGUAAAUUACACAUGUGGCGUGGAAA